CGAACAUGAACAGACUUCAGACUUCAAAACCGGCGAGACAUGUCCCUGCUGGGCCGGCCCAAUGCCAAUGUCACCUCCGCCCAGCAUCUUCAUCCAUCCCAUCACCCAAUCACCCGUCACCAUCUCCUCCUCCACCGGAUCCAUUCCUCCACUCCUCCACUCCUCCCUCCCGUCGCCUGCUCCUCCCACUGAUGACGCCCGCCCAUCCAUUAACUCUCCCUUAGUGGUGAUUGUGAUGGUCGACGCGCGCAGCCAACGGCGUCAUGAUCGUCCUCGAGACGGCAAGCAGACCCACGGAUUCACCUUCACCGACUUCUGCUCAAGAGAUUCCACGAGCAUCUGCAUCGGACGGUGGUUACUGCACUGCACGUAUCCAGAGUUACAUGCGCAUAAUCCGUACACUUCACCCCGUACACAAGCGUUCUCUCAGCCAAUCACCGCUUGAUACGGAGAAACCACGGAAUACAUUUGAGCCUACAGGACAGUAAUAGUAGAUGGUGAGUAAGUACGGAGUACUCCGUAUUAAUGAGGCUGGGAAUCAAGCUACUGUGGAGGUGGCCGUUCCAGGUCAUUUUGCUUCACGAGCUCCGAGCCCUUCCUAUCUGGUGUCCACGGAGUAGCAUCGCCUCGUAUCCUCUUCGCUGUCUGGCUCCAGGCCUUGAACAUCUCCAGGGCAGAACCGGCGGGGAGGAGAGAGAGCAUUGAGAAACGAUGGAAUGCACCAAGCCAGCCAGAGACCCUUCCGCUACCCAGCCAUUCCAUGUUACUGUUCGCCGUAUCCAUUGUUGUGGCCGGCUCCAAGUACCCAUCCAUUGGCAAUACCCAC